AGACUGAAAGUAAAGAUGGGAUUUCAAGAUGCUGUUUUGAAAGGAUAAUAGUGGAGCUAUGGACAUCAUUCAACAACGAUCUAUAGGAUCCCGAGGACGUUUAAGGACAGGCAUUAUUUAUUUGAGACAAAUCUGGUCGUCACCACAAUGGCAAACUCACCAAUAGCCCAGUCGUCUCUGUCACUGACCUCGAUGUCACUGACGACUGAUUUGAGAAAAUUUAUCUUGAAAUUGUCCAAAGAGCUGAGCGAUGAUGAAGUGGAAGAUAUGAAGUUCUUAGUGGAUGGUCGUUUGGAUGAUGUAAAUAGUAUAAAGACCGCACGUGACCUGUUUGGAAAGCUAUUCAAAAUCGGUAUUAUAUGGGACACGAACGUGGACAUGCUGGUUGACUUAUUAACAGGCAUUGAUAGAGAAGAUCUAGUUAAGAAAGUAAACUCUUUUAAAGAAAAAAAUAUAGACAUAUCAACAGAACCUAGAUCAUUUGAAACACCUGCCGAUACUGAUUUGGAUUCGUCACCCAGUGCACUUAGUGGACCAAAUGAUAUGACGGCCGACGUAGCUAGACAUAAUACUAGUAUGUCUACAAAUCAGCUAAAUAUGUCAACAAGUACGCUUGAAGCUCAUAUACCACCUUAUGACCCUGGACAGAGGAUUCCACUCGAUGUUUUAAAUACUGAAUCUGCCAACUCUUCGUUUGAAUUGUCACAUGUAUCAACAUUGCCCAAGGAGGAAAAUGGUGAUAUGUGUGUCGAGCCAUCGUUAGAUUUAGAAAUACAAGACUCUAUUCAACCAUCUCUAUCACUUCUUUCACUGAACGAAGAUAUAAAUCCUUUUGGGCCAAACGGGUAUACAACACGAUAUGACGCCGAAUUCUUUACAUCACGUACAAGUUAUCCCAAAACCACGUUAGGAGCCAAGCCAAUCAUACUUAGUGACUAUAGCAGCGAUGAAAGUGAAUCAUUAGAAGAUUCUUCGGAUGAGGGUGACUCAACAAAAGUCCAACUACGUCUAUAUCAAGAGUACCUUGCUAAACCCAGUUUACGAAAAGAAAACACGAUCGUAUGCUGCCCAACAGGUAGUGGCAAAACGUUGACAGCAGCGUACAUAUGCUUUAAACUGAGGGAAGAAGCCAUGAUGAUGCACAAAGGAGAAAGGCAUUUUAAAACGAUUUUUAUCGUAUGCAUUGUUAAUCUGAAAGAGCAACAGAUGGACAAUUUCAAGCUAAUGCCAUUUGAAGAUGAUGUUUUGGCGAUGAUAGAUGACGAAUCAGAUGUAGUCGAAGUGAUAAAAUCACGUGAUGUUGUGUUCAUGACGGCGCAAGUGUUGGUGAACACAUUAAAAAGUGGACGACUCAAGAUAACUGAUUUAGAUUUUAUUAUCAUAGACGAGUGCCACCAUACGACGAAGGGCCAUCCCUACAAUGUCAUUAUGCAGGAGUUCUACCUACAAGAGAAGGAACGAAAGCCUGUUUCGGGAAGGGGUUCCCUACCGCAGAUUUUAGGAUUAACUGCUUCUCUUGGGGUUGGUAAAAAUGAAAGGGCCAUUGAUCACUGUGUCACCAUGUGCGCAAAUUUGGAUUGCAACUCCGUUACGCAUGUUAGAGAAAAGAAAUAUCUUGAUGAUUUGAAGAUGUUUAGACCUUCACUUCAGAUUGACAUUAUUUUAGCUGUCCCUGGACGAAACUCAGACGACCCCUUUUUGACAACUAUCCAACAUCUAAUGACUAAAAUAUGUCAAAAGUAUAAAUUUUCGUGCAACCACGAAGAAGGUACAGAAGGGUAUGAGGGAUGGUCAGUCGGUCUUAAAAAAGAUGCAGAGAGUGAUAGAAAUUGGGAACAUGCAGCUGCGGCGUCCUACUUAAUCAUGUACACGAGGACAAUUGAAACCACAAAACAACUUCGGAGAAUUGACGGCCUACGCGUCAUUGAAGAGGAGGAGGGGGAGUUGUGUCCCAAAAGAAAAGCUCCCGGCGUAUGGGAUAACGAAUUAAGGCAAAGUUUAGAAGAACAGAAGGGAAAUCUUGAGGCGUUUUCCGAUAGUGAAAUUGAUGAAGCUAAUCCCAUGAUCAAAAAAUUAAAGGACCUUCUUGAAGACGUGUGUGAUAGGGACUUCAGAGGUCUGAUUUUGGCAAGAACAAAAGCAUAUACGAUUGCUUUGGUGGAUUACAUCAAAGGUUUACAGAUACCGCGUGUACGCGUUGAUAGAAUAGUUGGAAAGGGACAAGCCAGCGACCAUGCACAAACGGACAAAAUGCAGAGAGAAUUAUUGAAGCACUUUAGGACAGGAAAGAUAAAUGUUCUUGUUGGAACUGAUGUUGUGCAAGAGGGACUUGAUAUUCCAAAGUGUAACUUUGUUAUCCGAUACAACUUUGUCUCAAACGAGAUAGGAUCUGUACAAGGAAAGGGACGAGCUAGGCAUGUUGACAGUCAAUGUUACCUUAUUGUUCCGAAAGGAUCAACCAAUGAGAAGCGUGAAAACGCAAAUUUAUUGAAAGUUGAACAGAUGGAGGCGGCAUUGAAGGAGUUGGACAAUAAGGACCCUGAUGUUCUGAAAAGAGAUAUAUUAAGAGAACAGGACAAAAUGAUGGAAGAGUACAGGAAUAAGAAGCGAAGGAAUGAGGACCCAUUGUAUAAGAUUAAACCAGAGUCAAUUACAUUGUUCCACAAAGGGUGCAACAAAGAGUUAUGUAAGGGAACUGAUAUCUUGAGAAAAAACACCUGUGAUUACAUCUGUGUUUCCGACAACUUCCUCCAAAAAAUUAGUCUUGAACCAAGGGGAAAGGCAAAACAAUUCAGAACGGAUACACACAUAGGAGUAUCAGUCUGCAAUAGCUGCCAUAUGGAGCUAGGCCCGGUGAAGGAAUACAAAUACGGAGAUCGUCGCAGGGGACACGUCUUGAGUAGCAAGAUUGUGAUGUAUUCUAUAGAUGGGGAGGACGGGUUAAGACACAUAAAACAAUGGUCCAAAAUUCCUUGGAUGGUUGAAGAGGAACAAUAAUUGCAUGGUGCCUUUUCUAUUCUGAAAACCACUACAAGGAAUAGACAAUAAAUAGGCGAGUCUCCAGCAAGCGUUUUGGGAAGUCAGAAGGCCGCUUGUUAGACAUAAUUUUUCAGAAGGAUGGCUUUUGUUCAAGUACUGACUUCUAUAGUCUAUUUAUUUCACAUUUAGUUUGAUGUAUGUUCAGUAUACAAAUACUUAAACUGCUGUUUAUUAGAAGAUUCUAGAUCAAGGUAACAAUGUUAUAAAAUAUAAUAUUUUGCAAACAAAACUGACUGAAUGACUCAUUAACCCUUG